AUGCAACUCGAAAACGCCGAUGAUAAAGCUAAGAGCAAGAUCACCGCCUGCAUCAGUCUCUUAUCGUACAGGGCAACCGUGAACGGCGAUACCAAGGUGCCGUCUCCACACCUCGCUCGCCACCCCGACCGCGACCUGAAGCGCUGGCACCAGGACCGCGCGGCGUGGGCGAUGCGUGAGACCGAUGGGCUCGUGGAUGCGGUCGCUGAGAACCUCCUAUACCGCCUCGAGGACUGCAGGAAAGCCUUCCCCUCCGCACUCUGCCUUGGGGGCUCCACCGACGCCGUCCGCCGGUUGCUCCGUGGCCGCGGUGGGAUUGAGAGUCUGAUCAUGAUGAACAUGUCAGCCGAUAUGGUGAAGAAGUGGCGAGAGUCAGAGAAUGCCACUGGUGAUGGGCCUGAGACCCACUUUGUUAUCGGCGAUGAGGAGUUUCUUCCAAUCAAAGCGAGCUCACAGGAUUUGAUAAUGAGCUGUCUUGGACUUCAUUGGACAAAUGAUCUACCUGGAGCAAUGAUACAGUGUAGGCUGGCGUUGCAACCUGAUGGCCUUUUUCUGGCAGCAAUUCUUUGUGGAGAAACACUGAAGUGAUAACCUGAGCUUAGAAUUGCAUGCACAGUUUCUCAAAUGGAACGCGAAGGGGGCAUCAGUCCUCGAAUGUCCCCUUUAGCGCAAGUCCGUGACGCAGGAAACCUUUUGACAAGGGCAGGCUUUAACCUUCCAGGAGUUGAUGUUGAUCAGUAUACCGUUAGAUACAAUAAUGCUUUGGAACUUGUUGAACAUCUUAGAGCAGUGGGGGAAACAAAUGCUCUCUUUCAAAGAAAUCCUGAGCUUCACAGUGCUCGAUCUUCAUUUGAGCAAGCCUGUUUCAACCUGGAUGGUGAACAGUUGUAUGGGAUCUGUGAAGCAAUUGAUGAAGAAAAGGAUCCAGAGUGCUUGAUGCUUUCUUUUCAUGUAGUGGAAGUUGUCAUGGAGCUGUUUCCAGAUCCAUCUGGUUUGGCAGCACAGUUCACAGGGGACGUUUUUGAGAUUCUGAGCAAGUAUUUUCCUGUCUACUUCACACACGGAGUGGGUAAUGGUUUGGACACUACACAGGAAGACCUCUCUAUAGCAUUGAUGGUAUGGAUGUCCUAUUUCACUUGAUUUAUUUAUGCUUUCAAGUUUCGAUUUCCUUUUUUAUGAUUCCAACUAAAGAUAUGCUUAACAUUACUGAACUCUCUGUAAUGGAGGAGUUGUAAUUUUCUGUUACUAGAUACUUGCCAUGUUUGUUGGUGAGGAAGGCUUGCUGUUAGUGCAUCUUCUUGGCUAACAGUAUGUUUGAAUACUUGC